UAAUUUUUUGACUUUGCGAGCUCAAAAUUUUUCUAACGCUGUUCGCCGUAGGCGUUCAAAUUCUACCAAAAACGCGCCAAAGCUAUCGGUCUAUCGACGAUAAGAGCAAAAGUUCCAUCUCCUGCCAUCUAACUAACGUAAACAAGCGCAAAAGGGAAAAUCUGGAAAUCUAUCUAGGCAGAGUCGGCAAAUAGAAGGAACUAAGGCUCUAUAUAUCUCGGCUGGUGGCUCCACUUAAUAUGGACGUGGAUGAGGAGAAAGCAGACGGAAGGACGUCUUCCGCCUGCAAAAGACAGAAACGUAAUGAUUCUCUGGAUUCCGGAGAUUCCGGUGGACUUGGAGAGUCCAUUCAGGUUGGCGUGGAGAAAAGUGCCAGUGCGAACGAGAGUCCGAUUAGUACCACUACAGUCGCAAGCACUGCCAGCAACAAUAACAACGGUGAGGGGAAACCUAUGGAGAAAGAAAACCUGUCAGAUGCGGUUGAGAAAGAAAACCCGCCUGGUGAUGCUCAGGAAAUUGGACCAGAAGAGCAAGACCAUCAGCAGGUCCCAUCCCUUCUAGAGUGUCAGCUGUCUCCCGAGUCUGCCAGCGCUGUUUUAGCUAACACCCAAAAGAGUCACUCCCCCAGCACUAGCAAUGCCAUUGAUAGCGAUGAUGAGGUGAAUGACGAUGCGGUCGAGCCGCCAGCAGAACCACCACUGCUCCUCCUAUCGGAUGAGCAGUUCAUGCCACCACGCCUUAUACGACGCUCUAGGUUUAAUUUCGAAGUCGUGGGCUCGUUGACCGACUCAGACACAAACUCUAGCUGGGAGACCCAAAGAAAUGACAGUGACCACGGAGAAGCCGCCGUUGCCGGGGAGGCCGUAGAUCCGAUGGACCAGGAGCAGGAACCGCAACAGGAAGUUCCAGCUCUGUUCAAUUCCUCAUCCGAUGAUAGCUCGUCCACCCACAGCGACCCUUUCCCCACAUAUUCCAGCGAUCUGUCUUCGACUGAGGUGAAUUCAACUAAAGUUUUGACCAUACCGGUUAACAAAUAUUAAUUUUCAGGAUGAUGACGACGGACAUGAAGGGGAACAUGAACACUUCGAUGCAAACCAACAGCUAAAUAUUGAAAAUUCUGUAUCAGAAGUCAUGUGCAAGUGCAAACCGGUAUACACCUGGAACUGCGCCCAGGAAUUAAUGCAUCGGGAGAACAACAUUACCAAUCGUAUUGAUUGGCGCGGUGGUCAUACCUCAGUGGAAAGCUUUGGACGCGGAUACUAUGCCUCACGGCAAAUGGUGGAACAGUUAACACAACUGAGCUCCCUAAGCCAGCACUCGGGCUGCGUUAACUGCCUGAAUUUCAACCGCUCGGGGGACUUGAUCUGCUCAGGGUCCGAUGACCUCAAAAUAAUCGUAUGGGACUGGGCGAAUGACAAGGCGGUGCACAGCUUUCGCUCCGGCCACAACAUGAAUAUCUUCCAGGCCAAGUUUAUUGAUAGUGUGGGGUGUUUGGACAUUGUGACAGCCAGCCGAGAUGGGCAAGUGCGACGAGCCGUUAUACCGCCUUCUGGUGGUACCACCAAACCCACUCGCCUGUACUCUCAUGUCGAUUCGGUACACAAGAUCGUAGUAGUGCCCCAUAGCCGACAUGAAGUGAUGAGCGCUGGUGAAGAUGCGGCUGUUAAACAUUAUGAUCUGCGUUGCAGUACUACUUCCUCCACAAUGCUGCGCGUUGUGACGCAGGAACGGAACGAAAGAAGCCGACGAGUGCGCCUGUUUAGCAUUGCGCAUCAUCCAUUUGCACCGGAAUUCAUGGUUAGCGGAUCGGAUGAAAAGUUGCGGGUCUACGACAAGCGGAAGUUGACCGAGACCGUUCAUGAGAUGACUCCGCGCGAAGUAACGGAUACCAAGAUAACCCAGAUCACCUGUGCAGUUUACAACUACAGCGGAAGCGAGAUUCUGGCCUCCUACAGCGAUGAUUGGAUCUAUCUGUUCGAUAGCCGCAACUACACGGAUGGCGAAACCCUGCACAGCUACAAGGGACACGUUAACAGCCGCACCAUCAAGGGUGUGAACUUUUUCGGACCGAGAUCGGAGUACAUCGUUAGUGGCAGCGACUGCGGCAACAUUUUUCUUUGGGAUAAGAACACGGAAGCGAUUAUUAAUUUCAUGAAGGGCGAUCACGCUGGAGUGGUCAACUGUCUGGAGCCGCACCCCUGGAUGCCGGUUCUGGCCACCUCAGGCUUGGAACACGAUGUUAAAAUUUGGGCUCCUAACGGUUCCGAAGAGAAAACACCCAAAGCGGAAAUCCUUAGGAAGACCCUGAAGCGGAACUUUGAGAGAAACAUUAAUGACACUGAGAACUUUGAUAUUAAUCAGUUCCAGAAUUUUAUACGCCAUUUUAUUAGCUCUCCAGUAUCCCGAGAAAGCCGUUAUCGUAAUGUUCGCCUUCCGCGGGUUGCUAACCGAACGACCGCAGCUGGGAGAGCUCACCUGGCACGCCAUCGAAGGGGCAGCAGCAGCACUAGUUCCACACCAUCACCAGUGUCCAAUGCCACCAGUCAGCGGCGCAGCAGCGACAGCUCUAACGACACUAAUGAGGGCGAUGCUGCGGCGGCUUUGGACACCCUACCUUGCCGCACGCAGUAAGUGAGACGCAUCCCAAGCCCCCGGCUCCGGAGGGGCUUCCAAAUUUGAGUCCCGGGCCAAUCAAUUGAUUUCAGAGAGCCCAGCGUUUCUGAAGCUGUGAAUUUGCAAAUCGUAACCAUUAAGUGCGCAUAAUAUAAUUUUAAAUUUGUAUUUUUCUUUAACAGAGUUUAAACAAACCAUUCUCACUUAUAAGAAAUCUGUUGGGAAAUGUGAUUUUAUGUAAAAUACAACUAAUUGGAAAUUUCUCAAAUAAAUCCAUGAAGGAAUAAUGUAUGGUUUUAUAAAGGCCAAUACAGAUUUUAUAUCAUUGAAAAUACCCUGUAAUGUAAA